AUGGCAUGGUGGGAAGAUGGAGGUGUCCCUGCACCCCCCACAGCCUUCAAGGUGGGAAGGCAGUGGGAUGAAGGCCCGGGCGCCCUUCGUCCUCGUCUUCUCUCCUUGGACACGCAGGACAAUGCAGCUGCACGUUUUGUGGCAGGCAGGCCCCCUCCCCAAUGCAGCGCCCGGGAACCCCGAAUCAGGCCUCCCGUCCCCACGGAGCUCUCAGGGACCCCCCCGCCCCCCCGGAGCCCCCCCAUCGUACGCGGAGUCGGAGGACAGCAGCAUCUUCCCCUGGCGGCCCUCGCUGUUGUGCAGCAGGGUCAGCUGGAAGGGGUGCGGCACAGAGGAGCUGCGGUUGCCGCCCCCUGGCAGAGGGGCCUCCGAGGGCUCCAUCUUCUGGACCUGGAUGUGGUCCACCUGCGCGUAAUCCUGGACCACGAAGCUGUCCUCGCUGCAGGGAGACAGGCAGUCGGCCCGAUGCUGCAGGGCUCUGUGGGCAGCCUGAGGGCCAGGCAGCCGGAAGGACGCUCGGGCGAGCUGGCCCCAGCCCGCCUCCCCGGCUCCGAGGCCACGGCUGCUGCCCGCUCCCCGCUGCAAGGCUGUGCAGCCCCACAGGCAGGGCCCACCUCUUCUUCUUGCAGGGGCCUCGGCCGCCUCUACGCAGACCGUGGGGAGCCCCUGACCUGCGGGGCCACGUCUGGUGUCCAGGGGCCUUUUCUGCAACCCAAACGUGACACCGGCUACCCGGCCGAGGAGAGGCUCCAGACCCCGGCCGAGGGUGCGGGCUCCCCCACCCUGCCCACCCCAUGGAGCCUGCUGCCCUCGCCCGAGCCUCUGCGCCUCCCUCGCCCGAGCCUCUGCGCCUCCCUCGCCCGAGCCUCUGCACCUCCCUCGCCCGAGCCUCUGCGCCUCCCUCCAGGACCCCAUGGCCCUCCGGCCCCGCCCACGGCACCGGGUUCGGUUCUCGAGGGCUCCCGCCUGCCGGGCCGCCUCUGGGGCUGGAGGUCAGCAGCUCAGGCCGCUCGAGGCGCUGAGGCCCCGCCCACGCGGCUGCCCCGGGGUCCCGAGUCUCCCGCCCACGCCCACGCCCACAGGGCUCUGCCGGAGGGGGAGGGGGAGGGGGAGCCAGGUCAGCGGGGGCGGGGCACAGGCCGCCUCCUGGCCCUGAUUCUGGAGAGCAGCUCCCACGAGGACCUUGCUGCUGGACCUCCCCGCGGGCAGCGGCCCGCGCGGCCUGGGGGGGCGCCGCCUACCUUGACCUUGCUGAAGUCCAGCUGCGUGUGCAGCGUGUACAUCUGCUCCGUGCGCUCCAUCUUGUGGGCCCCCUCGUUGCACUGCUUCACCAGCUGCGGGCGGCACGGCAGGGCGGCUGCCGCGGGCUGGGCCACGGCUGGGCGCCCCCCGCCCCGAAAAGCCCAGCCUGCCCGCCGGCAGUGCCGGCCCCCACGGCCGCCCUCGUCCCUGCCCCGCCCGGGCUCACAGACCGUGUGA